AUGCCCGAGCCCUACACCGCUGCACGAUGGGCGCCGAAGCUCAUUCUGCUGCAGAUCCUGUGCAUGCAGUUGUCGCACUACGUGGCUCAAGGUCUGUUCCUCGGCAUUUGCCACGGCACCCACGUGAAGAUGGACCAGUUCUUUGCGUACUACACACACACGAUCGCGCACGCCGAUGGAGUAAAGAACUGCUUUGCCGUUGUGGCUGCCAGUGUCGUCAGUGCCCUGUGCCUCGUGCUCUUUGUCGAGCGUGCAAAAAAGUGUCUGGACUUUGGCGUGACGCUCUAUUUUAUCGACUUUCUCAUUCACUGUUUCUAUCUGGAGUUUCCCAAGAGAUGGGACUGGUGGCUCGUGCAAGUCGUGGCAGCAGGUGUGACUAUCAUUUUGGGGGAGUACCUGUGCUCUCGUCGGGAGCUGGAAGAGAUUCCGCUCGCGGGUCUGUUCAAGAAACGCACUUCACGCAAAAACUGA